GAAGGAAGCCAGCCAACACCCACACCAAGCUCUAUAAAGCAUAGAUAGACCAGCUGACCAAAGUUCCUUAUCCUCUUGCUGUGAGCUGAAACUGUUUAUAAACUAAAUUUACUCUUUCACUUUUCCUUUAAACAAGCUGGAUUACUUGGAGGAGGAAGGCGAGAGGAAUAGAGAAGACAGAAGCAAAGCCAGAAGAAGCACAGAAACUGGAACAUCUCAUGGAAUUCAUAUUCUGUAGAAGAUACUUUGGGAAGUGCUGAAUUAAAGAAAAAAAGCUUUUCUUUUUUCAACAUCAUUUACAUGCCAACCAUGUUUUCUGAGUUACACAUUCAUAUAAGUGUCUGAAGGAGAAUUGAAAAACAUCCUUGCUGCAUCAGAAGUCUACAUACCAGCUCUUUGGACAUUUCACCUGUUUAUCUGGACUAUACAUUCCUAGAAUGUGCACAUAAAGAGUGAAGGACUCUUGAUCAGAGUGUCUUUCAAGUAAACAAUCUUGUUUAUGUCAAAAGUUCCUCAAAGUGGCCAUUACAAUUCUGAAUCGUCCCUGGUGAUAUUGUGCAGUUGCACGUGUGCUUUACAAGGAGGACAAGCUGAAGGAAACCUCUUGGCCCUGGGAUAUGUGCAGUCUGAAGUUGAGUGGACCCUAGGAGAACUGUGGCGGUCGUGGAGAGAAAACUUAUGCCCUUGCCUCUGUGCAUCUCCAUAUCAUAAAUGGAACUCAAUGGCACCUUCAGCAGUAACAACAGCAAUGGGGACUGUUCAAUUGAAAACUUCAAGAGGGAUUUUUACCCCAUUGUGUACCUAAUAAUAUUUGUCUGGGGAACCUUGGGAAAUGGUUUUUCCAUAUAUGUUUUCCUGCAGCCUUAUAAGAAGUCCACACCUGUGAAUGUUUUCAUGCUAAACCUGGCCAUUUCAGAUUUCUUAUACAUAAGUACACUGCCCUUCAGAGUUGACUAUUACAUCAGAGGCUCCAAUUGGAUAUUUGGGGACCUGACCUGCAGGAUUAUGUCUUAUUCUAUGUAUGUCAACAUGUACAGCAGCAUUUAUUUCCUGACCGUGCUGAGCAUUGUGCGUUUCCUGGCAACUGUUCAUCCCUUCCGGCUCCUCCAUGUGACUAGCAUCAGGAGUGCCUGGAUUCUGUGUGGGAUCAUAUGGUUCCUUAUCAUGACUUCUUCAAUAGUGCUUCUGAAAAAUGGCUCUGAGCAGAAGGGGAAUAUCACAUUAUGCUUAGAGCUGAAUAUCAGUAAAAUUGUUAAACUGAAGACCAUGAACUACAUUGCCUUGGUAAUAGGCUUCCUGCUGCCAUUCUGCAUGCUCAGCAUAUGUUACCUGCUGAUCAUUCGAGCCCUGUUAAAGGUAGAGGUCCCAGAAUCUGGGCUGCGAGUUUCUCACAAGAAAGCACUUAUCACCAUCAUCAUUGCCUUGAUCAUCUUCCUUCUAUGUUUCCUGCCCUAUCACAUACUGAGAACCCUCCACCUGAUCAUGUGGAAAGUGGAUACAUGCAGAGACAAUCUGCAUAAAGCUGUGGUCAUCACACUGACCUUAGCAGCAGCCAAUAGCUGCCUCAAUCCUUUCCUCUAUUAUUUUGCUGGGGAAAAUUUUAAGGACAGACUAAGGUCUGCACUCAGAAAAGACCACCCGUGGAGGACAAAGUGCAGCAUUCCUGUCUGCAUGUGGUUGAAAAAGGAAACACAAGUUUAAGGGAUUAUUAGAAACCUACCGUGUGGAUGUGCCCUCCAAAAUAAGUGAUUAAGCUAAGAUAAAGAAAAACAUGACAUCCAGGAAACAAGGAAUCCAGUACAGGAGAAAGGUGAGCAACACAGGAUGGUGGUGGUAACAGAACAACAAGAAACUAAUUGAUUUGAACAAUCAAUUUGGAGAGAUUUAUAUUUUUCUAGAAGAAUUUGGGAUGAACUCGUGAAAGUACAUAGAAAAGUAAGCAAGGGAAAAGACACUGCAGUCAUUGAAAGCUAGGAAAAAGAAACUGCUGUUUAAGAAAGGAAAUGUAAUCAUACUACACUACAUGGCUCAGCUGUGAAUCAUGUUUACACAGUAUAAUGUAAAUAACAAAAUAUUGUGAUAUAACUUUUUUUAGGAAAUGAAAGAAGAUAUGUAUACAGGGGAGGGGUGUAAGAAAUCUAGGUUCCCAUCUUCCAUCACAGAAAAUGCAUAAUAACUAGAGGUAAAGGAUGAUAAAAACUGUGUAACAAUGUUAUUUAGCAAUAGGGGCUACAACCCAGAAGAAACAAUGAAUAGACAAGGAUGGUCUCUGGGGAGUUUGGAGUGGGGGGGGGAAAAAGGGUGGAGAUUUCUCUUUUCCUUUUAUGAAUUAAUCAUCUAACUUGUAAAUGUGU